AUGAAUUGCGGUAUGUGAAAACUUCGGUGUAGAACUGCAUCGUCGACAAAGCCGCAAGAAGCGGGAGGAAAUGGGUAUUGUCUUGGAAAACAUGAAGGCCAUUAGCAAGGUAGGACCGUAUGGGAUCAAUGAAUGUGUAGAUGCGGGAGUGAAGAAGCAAUUCUCUUUUGUGAUCCUGAAAUGCUGCAAGCCUUCAUUAUCAUAUCAGAUCAUCUCGGAAAUAAAUGGUGGAAUGAAGACGGAUUCCGUGCCAAGAAUUUUUAUUGCCCAGGGUUUCCUUCAGUCCGUGCAUUUCGUUAGCAGGCAUCAACUACCGGUAUGUCUCGCGGCGAUAACCAUGCGGCAACAUCUUACUGCCAAAAUUUCCAACACAAUCAUUUACCAGAUCCUAUCCACCAAUCCUCGCUUUCUAUCUUCUGCCUGCGACCCCCAACGCUGCCAGCGUGCACACAACCUCAACAACCGUUUUUCCCUCUCUUCUCCGCUUUGAAUAAUCUUUCCCCCUUAAUUCCCUCCUAGUUAUCCACCAAAAUUAAAAGUAUGUUGCCCCACCAGCAUUGGGUCCGAGACGCUCUUUCUAACAUAUGGCUCAACAAUACCAGUGAACGGCUCAACUGAAGCGGAAUCCAUAGAUUUGUAUGAGAUUCUCGGAAUAGAACCAAGCGCUACAAAAGCCGAAAUCAAGAAGGCUUAUCAUAAAGUUCUGACUCCUCUUCUCUUCUCGCAUAUUUAGACCUAACCGGUACAAACACCGCUUCGAGGCCAUAAAUCCAACAGGGCUAACUGGGCUUUCCCUCCUACUUCCAUAGGCCGCUCUCUCGUCUCACCCCGAUAAAGUUCCAGAACACGAAAGGGAUGACGCUGAAAAUCGCUUCAAGAAUGUUUCCCAGGCUUACGAGAUUUUAUCCGAUGGUUUGUUCCCCACAGCUCCCCCCCGAUCACCCAGUCUCACUUUACUAUAGACGAAAAACGCGCUCGUUACGACCGCUUUGGAAUGACAGAUUUUGCUGCUGGUGGCGGUAUGGGAGGUAUGCGUGAGGAUGUUGAUCUUGAAGAAAUGUUAAGUCACGUGUUCGGAAUGGGAAUGGGCGGAAUGGGUGGAAUGGGUGGUGGUUUCCCUAUGGGCCCAACACCUAGAGGACCUGGUGGAAGAAAACAAAAAGGCAAAGAUGUGGUGCAACAUUACGAAGUGAGCCUGGAGGAGCUGUACAAAGGCAAGACUGUUAAGCUGGCCAGCACCAGAAAUAUCCUGUGCUCGCUCUGUAAAGGGUAGGUCCCAUUUCAGUUGCUUGGCAGAAAUUCCCAUUAACCGUUCGCCUUUAGGUCUGGCGGAAAAGACAAGGCUAAGGCCAAAAAAUGCGCGACUUGUUCUGGCCGCGGUUGGAACCAGAAUCUUCGACAAGUCGGCCGUGGCAUUGUCACCCAAGAAAAUGUAAUUUGUGUGUCAUGCAAAGGGAGCGGAGACGUCUUUCGAGAAAAGGAUCGCUGCAAGAAAUGCAAAGGGAAUUGCGUGGUUGAAGAGAAGAAAGUUCUGGAGAUAUAUAUCCCUCGUGGCUCUAAGGAGGGCGACAAGAUUGUUCUGCAAGGUGAAGCAGACGAAGCCCCAGACCACGAAACCGGUGACAUCAUAUUCCUCUUGGAAGAGAAAGAUCACGACGUAUUCUCACGCGCUGGGGCUGACCUCAUGGCACCAUUACGUGUCUCCUUGGCUGAGGCUUUGACUGGAUUCUCCCGAGUUGUUCUCAAGCAUCUUGACGGGAGAGGGAUUCAGAUCACUCAUCCCAAGGGAAAGAUUCUUACGCCAAGCCAAACUCUCAAGGUUGAGGGCGAAGGGAUGCCUCAUAAGAAGGGAGAUGCCAAAGGAGACCUCUUUCUUAUCGUUGAUAUCGAGUUUCCAAAGGAUGGCUGGAUCCCAGACGUCAAUGGUAUCAGAAAGGUUUUACCUGAAUGGACCGAUGAGGAAGUACAAGUAGAGCAAGUGGAUGAUGUGACAUUCGAUCCAGAGGGCAAUCUCGAGGACGUGAGUCUCCAACAAUAUGAAUAUGAAUAUGCAUGGAGCAGGCCUGCUAACGAAAUACCGAACAGUUUGGCAACGCGGACGAAUCCGGAGGGGGAGCCUGGGUCGACGAUGAAGAUGACGAUGAAGAUGAUAGCCGCCCGCAAUGCGCUCAGCAAUAGAUCAGCAGAAUCCCCACCAAGUAGAAGGACAGCAAGGAUGUAG